UAGAUCAGAUAUGAAUAUAUAACGACGUGAAUCGUCUUACUAGCUUCCUCGUCUCCUUGUCAUUAUACAUCACUCAACUUCAACUCCUAACAGAUAGCAAGGGGAGGAAGAUAAUAAGAAGAAAAAGAAGACAACAAAGAAAAAGACACCCGCGCUAUAAUCGUAAAUCGCCAUCAUGGCCGACCAUCUCCAACGCCGUCUGCUCCAGGACAUCGCCGAGUUCCAGCAGGAGCCAUAUCCCCGCCUCACCCUCCACACGAGGGACGACAAUCUGCGCCAUGUCUGUCUUGUCCUCCAACCCGAGGGAUGGAUUCCCAUGCAUACCACCGUCGAGUUCAGCAACCGCUAUCCGCUCGUCGCCCCGCAGAUCAAGAUGGACUCGUCCGUGGAUCACCCCAACGUGUUUGGCGACUACAUCUGCGCGUCCAUCCUCAACACGGACGAAGGGUACACGCCGGCCUACACCCUCAAAGGCAUCGCGAUCCAGAUGCUGAGCUUCUUCAACAGCGACUCCAUCGAGCAGGCUCACUCUGAUUACAACGAGAACCUCGACAUGUAUCGACAGCGGAGCCUGCGGCGCGGUCAAACAUUCUCCUGCCCCCGUUGCGGUUUCGAUGGCACCAAGACCAAGGCUGACUCUAGGCGAGCCCGCCGGCAUGCGCUGAAGGCCGCAUCGUCAUCAGCACAGGUUUCACCUGUCGACCAAAAGAAGGAGCAGGCAUUCGUCUUUGCAAGGCUCCCGGACGAGGUCCUGCUCGAGACGCUCGAGAGCCUCGACUUUGUCGACCUCAUCACUUUUUCUCAGGCCUGGCCGAGGAUCGCAGAGCUGAUCCGCAGGUACGACGUCAUCCGGCUGCGAGAGCUCCAGUGCUUCGUGACCAAGACCAACUUCCGCAACACGAAGCUCGGCGUGGGGGUCUCGGUGGACUCGGUUAGGCGGUCCAUCGAGUCCGAGUUCGACCUCGUCUCCCUGGCCGCGUACGAUGAUCUCGGGGUCCGUCUCUCCGUCCACAACAUCAGCUUCGAGCAUUGGCUGCCGCUACCUCUCUCGCGCCGCCACUGGCGGUCGGCCGAGGGACACGUCGCGCCGGUGCUGCGCCGCCUGGCCGGCGAAAUCAGGUUGCCCAGCAUAUCGGCGGUGGGCGUCCUGGCCGCCUUCAUGAACGACAUUGUCGUGCGGCUCAACCGGGUCGAGGCACGCACGCCGCCCUGCAGAACGUCAUGGUACGUCGGCAGCGACCGUGACAACGCCGCGUACAAAAGCACGCUGCGCCACGCGUCCGAAAAGGCGAUCGAGUCGUACUUCCACCUCUUCCACCUGCUCCUCUGCCUCGCGACGGCGAACACGCAGCUCGUCGCGGACGCAAAUAACAAGAUCCGGAGGUUCAUGAGCGGUAAGACGUCCAAGGUGUCCUGCCCGAACCUCGGCCAUCUCCUCGUCUACCUGCUCAUCAGCGACGUGGAGAUGACGGAGGCGAUGAGGAAGGCCAUCAUCACAGAGGCCAUCACGCGGAACGUGGUCUGGAUGCUUGACAGGAGAGGCGCCAACAUGCCGGAGCUCAGCUACCUUGAGCCGGACAAGGUGUCGGGGUACCGCCUGAAAAAGACGUUCGAGGCCAACCGCACCUCGUACAGGCUGCUCAUGUUCUCCGAGCUCUUCCGGCGCAUUGCGAGGCCCUCGGCCGACACGUCGCUGGGGCAGCUCCGGGACGAACUCUUUGACCGCCACGGGGCGCCCCCUCCUGGCGCCGCCCUCCGGCUGUCCUCGGAGGUCCGUCGGCUCCACGACGUCGACAACUUCCCGCACUUCUUCCGGGAGAUGGGCAUCGCGAACGUGCCGACGGCGGAGCGGUUCACGAGCAUCCUGCGCGACUGCGUGAGGGAGAGCAUGCAGAGGGGAUACUCGGUCUGGGGACUGUCGGCGACGACGACGCUGGCGCUGCGGCGCGAGGUGGAGCCGAACGUCGGGCUCUACGGGGACUUUAAGGAGAGGAACCCGCCCGGGCCCCGGUAUCUGGCCGGCGUCACCUUUUUCCCGGGAAAGAAACAACAGCCGCGAGGGACCGGCCGGUAAUCAACGGGGGACAGGUGGGAGCAGGUGUUGAGAUGGAGUUGCGAGACGGACAUGAUACCCCCUUUCCUCUAGAUGAGAAGAAUAAGCUUCGGUCUGGAGGAAGAAGACUUUGAACUGAAGAAUAGAGUUAAUUUCUUAAUCACAGAAGACUCCAGGGGUGGUAGGCUAUAUGUGGCUUUGACCGAUCAAUAUUCGAUAUCAUCAACCUUACUGGGCCUAGGUACCUAAUGCUCAGGUAGGUAGGUACUUAGUCAGGUAAGGUACGUGAGGUGUUGUGUAAUCAAGGUGUGUAGUUAGGCGGCUUGUCUGAAGGCUCGGUGAGCGCUGAUGCCUUCGGUGAGUGAGAGGCGCACUGACCAGCAGCUGUCUUAUGUAAGGCAUCUGUCUCCCUCGCCGUCCCAUCCCACGUCCCCCCUUGGCCUUGGUCUCCCCCCAAUCCUCCGUCUUUCAUCCGUUCGUCUGUUCCUCGUGCUCCUGCGUACGGGUGAAGGUGGACGCCUCGAGAUCAGAAUGAGUUUCCCACGCCGAAGUGGCCACGCUUCCUGUCCGCAUAACACUUGGUCUACACUUGGUCUACACUUGAUCUUCAGCAGCGUUUGCGUUUCUUGUCUUGUCAGUGGCCCUCCCCUCGCUGCCGGCAUGUUCGACGAGUGUGCCAUUGGAAUCAACUGGCGGCCUCCUGCACUUCCCAUUGCACGAACACGGAGAGAGAGCCCGAAUCAUCACUCCAUGAUCGCAACUACUAUCGCCUCAACAGUUUCAUUAUUCGACUUCGACUGCAAGUACUGAACAUAGAGUGAGAGGAUCGUGACAUUCUCAAUGCUUCAACGUAUUACCGUUUGGGCCAUUUGAACCUGUUUGAUGGCUUCUUCCGAAACGCCAAACACCCAAAGCAACGAACCAAGCGAUCGCUCAAGAAUAGUUUCAUCCAUUGGCAACCACCCACAUCGUGAGGCUGCGAUUUUAUCCGUCAUCUAACGCUAGACCUCAUGUUCCCAUCUCCAAGCAACCAAGGUACCCCUU